CCCCAAAAGCCAAAAACAUAGAUAUCAAACUGUAACUUCCAUGUUCCAUCAAGUAUCAUUUCAUGCCAUUUCCAAUUCGCCGAAUCGACUGAACACGCGAAGCGCAUUUUUGGCCGUCUAUUGUUAUUUUUUUCCUCCAUUGCCGAAGUCCGAUCAUUCUGCUGUUCUACUAUGUGUGCCAUAUUCCCCGGGAAGUCGGCAUCUUCGUCCCUACACUUUGUUUCCUUGUGAUCGAAUCUCCAGUCCGUUUUCCUCCUCCCUUGUUCUUUCAGUUCCCUUAAGAAUCCCAAAUAAACCUGGGUUUCUUCUCCCCCAGCCCAUCCUUUUGUUACCCUCUACGCAAAUCACUACAUAGUCUCUGAAUGCUCCCUUCUACGUACUGAUAUAUCCCUGUUACUGGUUUUAGCUAUUAGGGGUUACUGAGAGUGAUAUCUGUUCACUUGGGUCUUUCUUCUUUGCUCGGAUCAAUGGACUCCAAGCAAAAAGUUCGAGGAUUUUCCUGCUCGAUUCACCAGAUUGGGAAUCUGGGUCUCCAGCUGCUGUGGAGUUUGGUACACCUACUUAUCAGCAUAGGUUACUUUGUAGUUGCUGCUGCUGCAGCUGUUGAAAGCUAUCUGAUCUCCAGUGGGUUGCUAACUCGUUACAAAGUGCUCAACAUCAGCAAGCUCAAGUACUUGGCGAUCGUGAUAGAGAGUGAUGAUGCUGUUCAAACUUCCAAGGUUGUUCAGCUUUUGAGGUGGCUGGAAGUUAUGGGCGUCAAACGAAUGUGCCUAUACGAUGCACAAGGAGUGCUUAAGAAAUCAAAAGCUUCAAUAGUGAAGAUGUUGGACAAUGCAGUUCUCUUUGAGGAACUUGAUGAGAAAGAUUUGCUUGAAAAGCCAAAAUGUAUGGCUCUUGAAUUUGCUUCCAUGUCUGAUGGAAAGGAAGGGGUCGUCAAGGCUGCAAACCUGCUCUUUGCCAAGUAUAUGGAACUUGGAAACCGUGAUGGGCUGGAUGAUGAGUUUUUUACGGAAGCUCAAGUCGGGGAGGCAUUAAGAGCUGUAGGUUGCAAGGGGCCAGAACCUGACCUAUUAUUAGUUUAUGCACCGGUGAGAUGCCAUCUUGGUUUCCCUGCUUGGAGAACUCGAUACACCGAGAUAGUCCAUAUGGGAUCAUUGAAGUCCAUGAGACUUGGCUCCUUGACCAAGGCAAUUUACAAGUUCACUAGGGUGCGCCAAAACUACGGGAAAUGAGUGGCCAACGCAAGAGGGGAAUGGACAUUUCCAGCAGAAGACCAUGGAUGAUCUGAAAUUGCAGCGAACUCGGGCUCUCGAUACAAGCAUAUUUUUAUUGUUCUGUAUUCAGCUCUCAUAAAGCAGGAUUGGCUGUAUCAUCUGUGUUAUACUUGGGAAAAAGAAUGAGAAGUCUUCCUACACUCCAUGGCGCUAUUAUUAUGCUCCCUAUAUUUGCUGUAACUUAGUGAAACAGCUGGGGCAAAA